AUGGGCACCGUCGAGAAGAGCAACUUCCGCCAGACGUUCCCGCUCGCCGCGGUCAUCGGCCAGGAGAACAUCAAGUCCGCGCUUCUGCUCGGCGCGAUCGACCCCGCGCUCGGGGGGAUCGCGAUCUCGGGCAGGAGAGGCACCGCCAAGUCGGUCAUGGCGCGCGGGUUACACGCGUUGCUUCCGCCGAUCGAAACCGUGGACGGGACCAUCUGCAACUCGUCCCCGGAGGAGCCGGGGACGUGGGAGGACGGACUCAUCGACCGCGUGACUCGCAAGGAGAACGGGGACGUGAAGACGACGAUCCGCGAGGCGCCGUUCGUGCAAGUCCCGCUCGGGGUCACGGAAGAUCGCCUCGUCGGCACGGUGGACAUCGAGGCGUCGAUGAAGGAGGGAAAGACGGUGUUCCAGCCCGGGCUUCUCGCGGAGGCGCACCGCGGCAUCUUGUACGUCGACGAGAUCAACCUCCUGGACGAGUCCGUGUCCAACCUCCUGCUGUCCGUGCUCGCGGAGGGGUACAACGUCGUCGAGCGCGAGGGGAUCACGCUGCGGCACCCGUGCCGGCCGCUGCUCAUCGCGACGUUUAACCCCGAGGAGGGCGCGCUUCGCGAGCACCUCCUCGAUCGCAUCGCGGUCACGCUGAGCGCGGACCAGGUGCUGAACUUCGAGGACCGCGUGAGCGCGGUGGACCAGGCGAUGAACUUCCAGAACGCCGCGGAGAAGGCGGUGGAAGACUGCCAGGAGGCGACGGAGGGCGCGCGGACGCAAAUCAUCCUCGCGCGGGAGUGGCUCAAAGAGUGCAAAAUCUCGGACGAGCAGAUCGAGUACCUCGUGAACGAGGCCACGCGAGGCGUGUGCAUGGGGCAUCGCGCGGAGCUCUUCGCGGUGAAGGCUGCGAAAGCGCUCGCGGCGCUGGACGGCCGCGAGAAGGUCAACGCGGAGGAUUUAAAGCAGGCGGUUCGGCUCGUGAUCAUCCCGAGAGCGAAGAUGGACAUGGACGUGCCGCCGCCGGAGGAUGACGAAGAGCAGCAGCCGCCGCCGCCGCCGCCGCCGCCCGAGGACAACAUGGAACAAGACGAGGACGACGAAGAGCAGGAGAACGAGGAAGAGGAGGAGAAGGAGGAGGAGGAGGACGAAGUCCCGGACCUCCCGGAGGAGUUCAUGUUCGACGCCGAAGGCGGGAUCCAGGAUAAGGACGUGAUACAGUUCGCGCAGAGCGUGAACCGCCGCGGCGGACGCAGCGGGCGGUCGAAGAACAUCAUCUUCAGCAACGACCGCGGACGGUACAUCAAGCCGGUGAUGCCGAAGGGGAACGUCAUGCGGCUCGCGGUGGACGCGACGCUGCGCACGGCGGCGCCGUACCAAGCCGCGCGGAGAGCGAGAGCGGUGGCCAAGGGCGAAGCCCCGAAGAAGGUGUACGUCGAGAAGGGCGACAUGCGCGCGAAGAAGCUCGCGCGCAAGUCCGGCGCGCUCAUCAUCUUCCUCGUCGACGCGUCCGGUUCCAUGGCGCUGAACCGCAUGAACGCCGCGAAGGGCGCGGCGCUGUCGCUCCUCAACGACGCGUACCAAUCGAGAGACAUGGUGUCGAUCAUCCCCUUCCGCGGCGACGAGGCCGAGGUGCUCCUCCCGCCGUCGCGCUCCAUCGCGAUGGCGAGGAACAGGCUCGACACGAUGCCGUGCGGUGGCGGGUCCCCGCUCGCGCACGGGCUCUCCCUCGCCGCGCGCGUCGGGAUCAACCAGAUGUCGUCCGGAGACGUCGGACGGGUCAUGGUCGUGUGCCUCACGGACGGCAGGGCGAACAUCUCCCUGAAGAAGUCCACCGGGGAUCCGGAGUACAUCGGCCCGGAGGCGAUCAAGCCGUCGAACGAGGAGCUCGAGGAGGAGGUGAACGACAUGGCGGCUAAGAUUUACGGCGCGGGGAUGUCUCUUCUCGUGAUCGACACGGAGAACAAGUUUGUGUCGUCCGGGAUGGCGGAGAAGCUCGCGCAGAAGGCGUGCGGGAAGUACUACUACCUCCCCAACGGGACGGACCAGGAGAUCGCGGCGGCGACGGCGUCGGCGUUGCAAGCGGCGCAGAAGGAUUAA